AUUAGAUAAGCUUCAAAUCAUAUCAAAUCAUAACUUAUUAACUUCAAUUAAUCGUUCAUUGUUAAUCCUUGCGCGCUACUUGAUUACGGACCAGAGUAUAUAACAUGAUGCAAAACCACACACCUACCUAGCCCCAAGCGAAAACCAACCUCCUCACUCAUCAUGUCGCCUAAAAAGCUUCCCGACUUCCCCGACGUCGAGGCGAAACUCCAUAAGCCAUCCCGACAAUCUGCAUUCGAAAAACAAAAGGCCGACGCAGAGGCUAAGCGCAAGAGAGAAGCUGCCGAGACUGCCGCCGUAUACGAGAGUUUUGUUAAAAGCUUCGACCACGAUGACGAUGACGACGACGAAUCCGGACCUGCCUCUUCUACCCAACAGGGCGUCUUUGGCGGACGCCAUCCAUCCAAUCGAGACGGGGGUAGACCUAUGCCACCCAAGAGAUAUUUCGGUCCUGGAACUGGCGGGACACCGGGGUCAAAGAGCGGUCCUGGGUCUUUAGGACUUACACCUCCGUCAUUUGGUAAGAAGAAAUUCGAUAAUAACCAGCAGUUGCCCAACAGGAGGGCAGCAGACGAUGCCCGGGGCCGGCUUGGAUUUCUCGAUGAUGACGAUAGCGAUGGUGGCCACGCGCCAAGGCCAAAGGGCUUUUCAAAAGUAUUCGAUACGAGCGGCGAUGAGAACGAGUCGAGAUCUAGGGAUUUGGCUGAGCAGAGGGCUAUAGCAAAGCCUACACUGCGCCUAUCCAAUCUACCGCCGAGCACGUCUCCUGGAGUCAUCAAGGCUCUCAUGCCAUCAAACCUAACUGUAGAAAAUGUCAAGAUAUUACCGCCUACUACCCAGGGCAGCACAGAGAGGAAAUCCAUAGCUGCGAUUGUUACUCUGUCCAAAGAGACACCCGCAACAGACAUCGACGGUGCUGUUAGCACUCUACAGAAUCGAUAUCUCGGAUUCGGCUUCUAUUUAUCGCUACACAGACAUCUAUCUUCUGCUGUAACUACCACAGCGGCGACAUCCAUCCUCACUUCUUCUAGCACCUCACACCCUUUCGGCGCAAAACCAGUUCCACAAGCCAAUGAUCACAAGCCUCACCACCAAGGCGGAUUCAAUCGUGGAUUUGCCCCACCAUCAUCCUAUGCUUCGGGUGGAGGCCCGAUGAACCGAACUAUCCUACACAUUCCAGUUCAAGCACCGAGAGACAUCAAGCAACUUCAACUCAUUCAUAAGGUUAUCGAAUCAGUAUUAGCCCAUGGACCAGAGUUCGAAGCUCUGCUGAUGUCGCGAUCUGAUGUACAAAGGGACGAGAAAUGGGCAUGGCUCUGGGACGCGCGCAGUGAAGGCGGGGUCUGGUAUCGGUGGCGGCUCUGGGAGGUUAUUACGGGAGCGCAAGGAGGACGACAGGGAAAAUACGUACCGCUGUUUGAAGAUAGCCAUGCAUGGAGAAUGCCCGACAAGAGUCUUCCGUACGAGUAUACUACUAACAUGGACGAAUUUGUGUCGGAUCCGGAAUACAAUUCGUCCGACGAAGAAGAUUACGAAGACGAAGGAAACAAACCAGCGGAUGGAGGUAAUAAUGAAAUAACCUACUUGAAUCCCUUGGACAAGGCGAGAAUGACACACCUUCUGGCCCGCCUGCCUACGACAUUAACCAAAAUUCGGAAGGGCGAUAUUGCUCGAGUGACUACUUUCGCUAUUACCCACGCGAGCAAAGGAGCAGACGAGAUAGUGAGCAUGAUUGUAGCAAACGUACUCAGGCCGUUCGCAUUGACUUCAGCAAAUCCUCAAUAUAACAAAAUUAGCAAAGACGAGGAAGAGCAUGUUGGGUCGCACGACUCUACGCCUUUCCCCGACGACUCAAACGCAAAGACAAACGAAGCCCAAGACACAAGUGCUUCGAGCCUCAUUGGGCUGUAUGUUGUGAACGAUAUCCUCUCAUCAUCGGCAACGAGCGGCGUUCGACAUGCCUGGCGGUAUCGACAACUCUUUGAAGCGUCGCUCAAAGACAGCAAAGUCUUUGAAACUCUUGGUCUAAUAGCAGAACGCCUUAAUUGGGGUCGCCUUAGAGCAGAGAAGUGGAAACGCAGUGUCAAAUUAGUACUCGGUUUGUGGGAAGGCUGGUGCGCAUUUCCUCAUGAAAGCCAACAGUUGUUUGCCGAGACCUUUGAGAAUCCACCUAGCGCAAAGAAGGAGGAGCAGGUUGAUGAAGUAGCCAAGAAAAACAAAUGGAAAAUCGUGGAAGCUGGUAAUAUGGCUACUAUCGAAAGUGAAGGAAGAGGUUUCAUACCACUUUCUACGAGCACAGAAGCACAGCGCGACAAUGAGGUGACUAAGAUGGAGAUCGAUGACGACGUGGAUGGCGAGGAUAUGGACGAGUACAUGUCAGUUGAUGAGGGAGACCUAGAUACAGAUAUUGACGGUGUUCCGAUGGAUGACAGUGAAGAUGGAGAGCCGAUGGAAGUCAGUACGGACACAGUGGGUGAUAAUGCAGUUGUUGACGCCUCGAUAAACAAGAAUGGGGAGGAUAAUAGUAAUAAGCAAAGCGGUGCUGAAGAGGGUGUGGAUUCUGGAACAAACAUGCCCCCCGAGAAGUCGGAACCCAGCCUCCAACCACGAAGGCGCCUGAGAGCUGUAGACAUGUUUGCGGAUUCGGACGAUUCCGACAACCAAAAAUGAUGAUAGCAUAAAAAGCAUGGAGAAUGCCGUUUUAGAGAUGACAACCAUUGGCUCAGAUUACCAUGUUGGCCCUUGCGGACCCUAAAUGCGAAAUAUGUAAUUCAACUUACUAAAGAUUAAAUAUGAUCAAACGAUCAAACUCUCACCAAUCUAAGGAAGGUGCUGGGCGAUCGAUCUCACCGGUUUUAAAACAUGGAAUGUACCAAUGGUUGACGCCAAUAACAACAUUUGAAGCUCGCAUC